AUGGCACAUGCAAUGCUGGUACCUCCAGGAGCUGACAGCUUCUACUAUUUCACCAAAGAAUCUCUUGCAGCUAUUGAAAAACGUAUUGCUGAUGAAGCAUCUCAUUGUGAGAAAAGUGAGCAUAAAGAUGAUUGUGAUCACGAAGAAAAUCGCCCAAAGCCAAAUAAUGACUUGGAGGCAGGAAAGACACUGCCUUUUAUUUAUGGUGAUAUCCCUCCAGGAAUGGUGUCAGAGCCCCUGGAGGACCUGGAUCCAUAUUAUAUCAAUAAAAAAACAUUUAUAGUAUUGAAUAAAGGGAAGACUAUCUUCAGGUUCAGUGCCACACCUGCCUUGUACCUUUUAUCUCCUUUCAAUAUUAUUAGAAGAAUAGCUAUUAAGAUUUUGGUUCACUCAUUGUUCAGCAUACUCAUUAUGCUCACUAUUUUGACCAACUGUGUAUUUAUGACAUGGAGUAACCUUCCAGACUGGAUAAAGAAUGUAGAGUAUACUUUUACUGGAAUUUAUACUUUUGAAUUUCUGGUAAAAGUCCUUGCAAGAGGUUUCUGUAUAAAUGAUUUUACUUGCCUUCGUGACCCUUGGAACUGGCUAGAUUUUGUUGUAAUCUCCUUUGCGUAUAUAACAGAAUUUGUAAACCUAGGCAAUGUUUCAGCUCUUCGAACUUUCAGAGUAUUGAGAGCUUUGAAAACUAUUUCUGUAAUUCCAGGUUUGAAGACCAUUGUUGGAGCCCUAAUUCAAUCUGUGAAGAAGCUCUCAGAUGUAAUGAUUUUGACUGUGUUUUGUCUGAGUGUAUUUGCACUAAUAGGGCUGCAGCUCUUCAUGGGCAAUUUGAAGAAUAAAUGCUUGUUCUGGCCAUCAGAAAAUUCAACAGCUUUUGAAAAAUACCUAGCUUCGUACUUUAAUGGUACAGUGUUUGAUUGGACAGCAUACACUGAGAAUGAAAGUAAGAAAUACUGCUGUAAUUACUAUCGCCUAGAAGGAGACAAGGAUUAUCUACUUUGUGGCAAUAGCACAGAUGCAGGUAAAUGUCCAGAAGAGUUUAUCUGUCUGAAAGCUGGUAGAAACCCUGAUUAUGGAUAUACUAGCUUUGACACGUUCAGUUGGGCUUUUUUGUCACUCUUUCGACUGAUGACACAAGACUCUUGGGAAAAUCUUUAUCGGAUGACACUGCGAGCUGUUGGCAAAACAUACAUGAUUUUUUUUGUUCUGGUAAUUUUUUUGGGUUCCUUCUAUUUGAUUAAUUUGAUUUUGGCUGUGGUCGCCAUGGCAUAUGAAGAACAAAAUCAAGCAAAUUUAGUUGAAGCAGAACAGAAGGAGGCAGACUUGCAGCAGAUGCUUGAACAGCUGAGGAAGCAGCAAGAAGAAGCUCAGGCAAUAGCAUCAGCUGCAGCGGAGAUGACUGAGUACAGCGGUGAAAGUGGGAUUAUUGGACCCUCAGAUAGUUCAUCAGAAGCUUCCAAACUUAGCUCAAAAAGUGCCAAAGAAAGGAGAAAUAGAAGGAAGAAAAGAAGACAGAGGGAGCUCUCUGGCGAAGAGGAUGACAUGAAGGAUGAAAAGCUUCCAAAAUCUGAAUCAGAUGGCAGUAUCAGAAGAAAAAGUUUCCGGUUUUCUUUUGAUGGUAACAGGCUUGCUUAUGGGAAGCCUUUCACAUCACCCCACCAGUCUUUAUUGAGUGUUCGUGGCUCCCUGUUUUCUCCCAGACGUAGCAGCAGAACAAGUCUUUUCAGUUUUAGAGAACAUGGAAGAGAGAUAGGGUCUGAAAAUGACUUUGCUGAUGAUGAGCACAGCACGUUUGAGGAUAACGGGAGCAGAAGAGGUUCUCUUUUUUUGCCACGCAGACACGGUGAACGGCGCAGUAGUAACAUCAGUCAGGCCAGCAGAUCAUCAAGAAGGCUGACAGUGUUUCCAGUGAAUGGGAAGAUGCACAGCACUGUGGAUUGCAACGGAGUGGUUUCCUUAGUGGAUGGACCACCAGGUCUAUUGUCACCUACUGGGCAGCUCCUACCAGAGGUGAUAAUAGAUAAAGCAACAACUGAUGACAAUAGCACUACUACAGACAUAGAAACAAAAAGGAGGCGUGCAAGUUCAUAUCAAAUACCAAUGGAGUUGCUGGAGGAUCCCAAUUUAAAGCAACGAGCCAUGAGUAUAGCUGGCAUUAUCACAAAUACAAUGGAAGAACUCGAAGAAUCGAGGCAGAGAUGUCCACCUUGCUGGAAUAAGUUUGCUCGCACUUUCUUAAUUUGGAACUGCUGGAAACCCUGGUUAAAAGUAAAGAAUGUAGUUGAAUUUAUUGUAAUGGAUCCACUUGUUGAUCUGGCUAUCACUGUCUGCAUAAUUUUAAAUACACUGUUUAUGGCCAUGGAACAUUAUCCAAUGACUAACGAGUUCAAUAAUGUACUCAAAAUAGGAAAUCAGGUUUUUACUGGGAUUUUUGCAGCUGAAAUGGUUCUCAAGAUAAUUGCCAUGCAUCCUUUCUAUUAUUUCCAAGUUGGCUGGAAUAUUUUUGAUAGUUUUAUAGUUACCCUUAGUUUGGUGGAGCUUUUUCUGUCAAAUGUGGAUGGAUUAUCCGUUCUCCGAUCAUUCAGAUUGUUACGAGUUUUCAAAUUGGCAAAAUCUUGGCCAACACUAAAUAUGCUGAUAAAAAUUAUUGGUAACUCAGUGGGGGCUUUGGGCAAUCUGACCCUGGUUCUGGCCAUCAUUGUGUUCAUUUUUGCUGUGGUUGGGAUGCAGCUGUUUGGAAAAAGCUACAAGGAAUGUGUCUGCAAGAUCUCCAGUGACUGUGUGCUGCCACGCUGGCACAUGCAAGAUUUUUUCCACUCUUUCCUGAUUGUAUUCCGAGUGCUGUGUGGAGAAUGGAUAGAAACGAUGUGGGACUGCAUGCAGGUUGCUGGCCAGGCCAUGUGUCUUACAGUCUUCAUGAUGUUCAUGGUGGUUGGAAACUUAGUGGUAUUGAACCUUUUUCUAGCCCUGUUGCUGAGUUCAUUUAGUUCAGACAGCCUUUCUCCUACAGAUGAUGAUAAUGAAAUGAACAACUUACAGAUGGCUGUUGCAAGAAUUCAUAAGGGAAUAGAUUAUGUGAAGAAAAAAGCGGGUGAAUGUGUCCAAAAGGCUUGUGGGGAGAGAAAAGCUGUUGUGAAUCAAAGAACAGCAGACCAGUUGAAUGAUGAGAGAGAUCAUUGCAUUUCUAACUGUACCAUCGCUGAAGUAAGGAUAGAUGCAAAUUAUCACAAAAAUGAGAAUGGAAUGGCCACUGUUAUAGGUGGCAGUGAUUACAAAUCAUUCAUAAACAACCCAGGCCUUACUGUCACAGUACCAAUAGCUGUUGGAGAAUCUGAUUUUGAGCAUCUAAAUACAGAAGAGUUUAGCAGUGACUCAGAUUUGGAGGAAAGCAAAGAGAAGCUGAACUUUUCCAGCUCAUCUGAAGGAAGCACAGUUAAUUUAGCUCUCUUUGGAGAAGAAAAAGCUGAAACUGAACCAGAAAAAGUAUCAGAGCUACAGGCAUGCUUUACAGAAGGCUGUGUACGGAGGUUUAAAUGCUGCAGAGGCAAUAUGGAAAGCACAAAAGGAAGAAUUUGGUGGAACCUUCGAAAAACCUGCUACAACAUAGUAGAACACAACUGGUUUGAAACAUUCAUUGUAUUCAUGAUUCUUCUCAGCAGUGGUGCUCUGGCCUUUGAAGAUAUAUAUAUUGAACAGCGCAAGACUAUAAAAAUCAUACUGGACUAUGCUGAUAAAAUCUUCACUUACAUCUUUAUUCUGGAAAUGGUGCUAAAGUGGGUGGCCUAUGGUUUUCAAACUUAUUUCACUAAUGCUUGGUGCUGGCUGGACUUCCUGAUUGUUGAUGUUUCCUUGGUUAGUUUAGUAGCUAAUGCGCUUGGUUUCUCAGAAUUUGGUGCAAUUAAAUCCCUCCGAACAUUAAGAGCUUUGAGACCUCUAAGAGCUUUGUCACGCUUUGAAGGCAUGAGGGUGGUUGUGAAUGCUCUUACUGGAGCAAUCCCAUCCAUUAUGAAUGUACUUCUGGUUUGUCUUACAUUCUGGCUAAUUUUCAGCAUCAUGGGGGUGAAUUUGUUUGCUGGCAAGUUCUAUCACUGUGUUAACACCACAACUGGUGAGCAGUUGCCACCAGAUGAAGUCAGUAAUGUAACUAUGUGUGAAAAACUUAGAAUGAUUUCUAAGGAUGUUCGGUGGAAAAAUGUGAAAGUAAACUUCGAUAAUGUUGGAGCUGGUUAUCUUUCUCUUCUUCAAGUAGCAACAUUUAAAGGAUGGAUGGAUAUAAUGUAUGCUGCCGUUGAUUCUAGAGAUAUAGGGGACCAGCCAAAAUAUGAGGAGAACCUGUACAUGUAUAUUUACUUUGUCGCCUUUAUCAUCUUUGGAUCAUUUUUCACCCUGAACUUAUUCAUUGGUGUCAUCAUAGAUAACUUCAACCAACAAAAAAAGAAGCUUGGAGGUGAAGACAUUUUCAUGACAGAAGAACAAAAGAAGUACUACAAUGCAAUGAAGAAGCUGGGAUCCAAGAAGCCACAAAAACCUAUACCUAGACCAGCAAACAAGUUGCAAGGAAUGGUGUUUGAUGUUGUAACAAAGCAAGCAUUUGACAUCACCAUUAUGGUUCUCAUCUGUCUUAACAUGGUCACCAUGAUGGUAGAAACAGAUGAGCAGGGUGAAAUGAUGCAAAAGAUUUUAUACUGGAUUAACUUGGUCUUUGUUGUCCUUUUCACUGGAGAAUGUGUCUUCAAACUGUUCUCACUCCGUUAUUAUUACUUCACCAUUGGCUGGAAUAUUUUUGAUUUUGUGGUUGUUAUUCUUUCAAUAGUAGGUAUGUUUCUAGCUGAGGUGAUUGAAAAGUACUUUGUGUCCCCCACUUUGUUCAGAGUUGUUCGACUUGCCAGAAUCGGUCGAAUCCUGCGUCUCAUUAAAGGCGCUAAGGGAAUCCGCACUCUGCUUUUUGCUUUGAUGAUGUCUCUUCCUGCUUUGUUCAACAUUGGUCUCCUGCUCUUCCUGGUCAUGUUUAUUUAUGCGAUAUUUGGCAUGUCCAACUUUGCCUAUGUUAGGAGGGAAGCUGGCAUAGAUGAUAUGUUUAACUUUGAAACAUUUGGCAACAGCAUGCUCUGCCUGUUUCAAAUUACCACAUCUGCUGGCUGGGAUCUGUUGCUUGCCCCAAUUCUUAACAGUGGGGAGCCAGACUGUGACCCUAACAAACCUCAUCCAGGUAGCUCUGUGAAAGGUGACUGUGGGAACCCUUCUGUUGGGAUUUUCUUCUUUGUCAGCUACAUCAUCAUCUCAUUUCUGGUAGUGGUGAACAUGUACAUUGCUGUGAUUUUGGAGAAUUUUGGUGUCGCUACUGAAGAAAGCGCUGAGCCCUUGAGCGAGGAUGACUUUGAGAUGUUCUAUGAGGUUUGGGAAAAAUAUGAUCCCAGUGCAACGCAAUUCAUUGAGUACAGCAAAUUAUCUGACUUUGCAGCUUCUCUGGAUCCUCCCCUUAAUAUACCAAAACCAAACACAAUUCGACUUAUUGCAAUGGAUCUGCCCAUGGUAAGUGGGGACAGAAUUCACUGCCUUGACAUUUUGUUUGCUUUCACAAAGCGUGUUUUGGGGGAAAGUGGGGAGAUGGACGCCCUCAGAAUACAGAUGGAAGAUCGCUUUAUGGCAUCCAAUCCUUCAAAAGUGUCCUACGAACCAAUUACAACCACACUGAAAAGGAAACAGGAGGAGGUAUCUGCUGUCAUCAUUCAGCGUGCUUAUAGACAUCACCUUUUAAGACAGUCAGUAAAGAAACUUUCAUUUAUGUAUCAGAAAGAUGGGGUUGAUCUCCUUAUCAAAAAAGAUACAACUAUAGGUAAGCUAAGUGAAAGCUCGCCUCCAGAGAAAAUGGAUACGUCCACAUCCACCACAUCUCCACCUUCUUAUGAUAGUGUAACAAAACCAGAGAAAGAAAAAUAUGAAGAUGACAAAUCAGAAAAAGAAGAUAAGGGGAAAGACAGAAAAGGAAAUAAAAAGUAA